CAAGGAUUAUGUUUGAAUGAGGACCUAAAAAUUGAACUUAGACACUUUUUCUCCUUCUUCACUUAGUCAAACCCAACCAUAUUGGUAAUACAUAAUUCCCAAAUCUGUAACCCUAAGUCCCUGACAUCGCAGUCUUCCUCUCUCCGCGGGGCAAUUUCUGCGUAAUUGAGCUUCGUUCCUUCUCGAAACGUUCCCGACGGGUCUCAGUCUCAGUUUCAGUGAAAAGGCCAAGAUUCACCACAAUUGAAUCUGAAAGUCUCUUAAAAUCCCAAAAGGAAUGGAAGGAUUAGAACAAUGGAAGGUGCUGGCAGAACAAUGGAAGAAACAGGCAGAGAAAUGGUCGUCGCAAGCCCUUGAACACAUUCAGGCAGAGAAAUGGUCGUCUCAAGCCCUCGAAUACAUUCAUCAGGUUCCACCUGAGCAGAUUUAUGCUGCAAUCGCCAUCUUGAUAUUCACAUCAUUUUUACUCAUAUUGGUUAGGUUGUUUAAACGCCCUAAAGCUAAUACCAUACUGCUGAGUGGGCUUAGCGGGAGUGGGAAGACUCUUCUUUUCUAUCAACUUCGGGAUGGCUCUUCUCAUCAAGGUACUGUCACAUCUAUGGAACCAAAUGAGGGAACUUUUGUGCUCCAUUCUGAAAAAUCCAAGAACGGAAAGGUAAAUCCUGUUCAUCUUGUUGAUGUUCCUGGGCAUUCUCGCCUUAGAGCCAAACUAGAUGAUUUCCUACCUCAAGCCGCAGGUAUAGUAUUUGUGGUUGAUGCUUUGGAGUUCUUACCAAAUUGCCGUGCUGCUUCAGAGUACUUAUAUGAUAUUUUGACCAAGGCUAGUGUGGUGAGGAAGAAAAUUCCAGUUCUUAUUCUCUGCAACAAGACAGACAAAGUGACAGCACAUAGCAAGGAAUUUAUUCGAAAACAGUUGGAGAAGGAAAUUGACAAAUUACGAGCAUCAAGAAGUGCAAUAUCAGCAGCUGAUAUUGCAAAUGACUUUACACUUGGAGUACCUGGCGAACCAUUUUCAUUCCAUCAGUGCCAGAACAAAGUUACAGUUGCAGAAGCUUCUGGUCUAACGGGUGACGUAUCUCAGGUGGAGCAAUUUAUCAGGGACCAUGUGAAGUCUUAGUAUGUUUCCUCCCAUUUCAUGAGUGUGGUAUUUUUGCUUUGAGAAUUGUCGGUUGAACAUCGUUUGUUGAUGAUUGAGAAAACUCAACAAAGAUAUGCUCAGAACCAAUUGAACUGUUCAAGGAAAGUGGAGGAAUAAAAAUAGAGAAAGAGAAAGCAAGGCACAGAUACACUAAUGCAUGUUUCUGUUGUGGUCUCAGUGAGUACUUGAGACUUGGUAUGGUACAAACUGCUAAUUAUGGUGGCUUUGUUGUAAUUUAAAGGAUCUUCCAAGAGAUUAUGGCUCAAGUUGUAUUAAUUUGAUUUUUGUGCUCUUGAUUGUGUUUGCACUCUAGGAUGCCCCCAGUUAUGGUCAGCCUUAAAUAUUUACUCA